ACCCUCUUCCACGCCCACCCCCUCCCUCCCUCCCCGUCCAAGCCCUCGCUGUGGCUCUCUCACGCCAGGGAGGCGUUGGCGCACCCCAGAAGAGUCAGUGACGCUCCUCGUCUCGGCCUUGCUGGAAACAGAGAGUACCCUCAUACGCCCUCCCACCCAUGCCCGGCAUCCACAAGGCCAGGCCCGGGGGGGGGGGGGCGCGGGCCUGGGUCCUCAUGGCAGAAUGGGCUCCUCGUUCAUAAGACGGGGACGUGCUCGACGUCGAAGACUCUCCCCACGAAGCCGUGCAACCAGCCACGGUGCAGAACUCCCGAUCUCUGAUAAAUACCACGGCCGCGCUCCUCGCAGCAACUUUGACGCAUACGAUCCGAUCGAGCAGUACUCGGUGUUCUUGUCAGCUGAACCAAGUCAUCCUCAUUCCUGACGUGGUGUCAUACCCGACCCCUCUCAGACUACCUACCUACUCGGCUUGGCCAUCUGCUUGUCCACCAUACCACGGCGUUAUAUAUAUAAGUCGUCGACGGUCCUUGACAUCGGGGACAUAACUCUCUGAAACAGGCCUCGACGUCAACCCUUCGUCCUGAUCCACGUCACUUAGCCAUCAGGCGUCCACCCACCUUAUCUCCUCAGUUCGCCUUUUUAUAACACUUCAUCUGGGCCACGGGUCCUCGCUGCAACCACCGCCAUGUGCAAUUAUAUCUACAAGGAACUGAGCUGCCAGCACCAUUACCAUCUGGUCGAGUCAUGGUGCUCCAAGUACAUUGAGACGGAAAAACGGUGCCCGCCCACAGUGGUCAGCAAGCAAUACUGGGGUAACGACAUCUGCUCUGCCUGCCGCGAACGACAGCAACCGAGUAACCAUCCGUGGGCGAAGCUGAUACGGCCGCCGCAACCCAAGAUGACGCCGCACCCGUACCACAUCUCGGCUCGGUGAGCUGUCCCACCCUGUUGGGUACCAGCUGGCGGCCUAGAGCGCUGGGAGAGAGUGGUAACUGUGGUCAGCUGGCGCUGGCCGGUCCGCCGCGCGACGAUUCGACCAGCGGAACGUAGUGGCCGUACGACCAGACGGCGGCGAGUCGCAAACCGGGCGUCUGCAUCAUCUGGGCGAGAGUCGCGCAGCGUUGCAUUGUUGGCUCCACCGGCGCCCAUCUCCUGUUGCGUGGUGGUUGCGAGUUGGUCCGGCAUGGACGUGUGAACUGAUGCGGGGGCGCACGACUGCAGAGCAGCACCAACCACGCGCACACAGCGCAGCGCACGAAGCACCACAGAAGGGGACCCCCUUCGCGCUCGGGAGGUGACGGCAACCAAAAGGCAUAGCGGGAUAUUAAAAGAAGGGGCGUUGUUUUUGCUCUCCUACCCCCUUCAACUAGCGCGGCAUUUAUGGGGUUUUAUUUAUUUAUUUAUUUCCUUUACUCGAGGCAUAUAGCGAGGGACGUUUACACAGACGGCAUGGUUUGGACUGGCCUGGACUGGAUUGGAUACCUACCUACAUUGGAAGACGGGGGCUCUCUUAUCUGGGUGCGAACCUGGCUUCUUUUCGGAGCAGCCCUGGCAGUUUGGCGGCUUGUCUUGGACGGUGUAUUUGUUUGUACAACGCUUUGGAACAUUAGGUCCCUUUGAGGACGGCGGCGCACAAUGGAAUGGCACUUUUACUCUCCGAG